AUGGAGCCUUCAAGUUCGAAUACUGGUUUUAUCCAGCAACAGCCCGUGAUCAACAACCAGUUCUAUGAUGAUGUGAGCUACCAAAGAGUAGCCAGAUUAUUCCUGCCAUCGGAUAUCCUUGACAAAAUCACACCCGAUGCUGCUCAGAUCGGCCAAGAGGUCUUGUCUCAGCAAGUCUUCGAUUGGGUAACUGACGCCGAGCAUAACCAGCCAUAUCUGCGCGGAAAUGGCCGGGAUUCAUUCGGCAAGCCCAAAAGCGAGCUGGUUGUUGUCGUUGCUUUGAACUACGACACUGACCACGGCCCUUACACUCGCCUUGUCCAGUUUUUGCGGUGCCACCUCUGGGAAGCAUCAUGCGCCAAUACCCUCUGCCCAGCGGCUAUGCAAGAUGGCGCGGCCCGUCUCCUUCAACGUCAUCUGUUCACUUCCGCCGCGAAGAAACUCUCGCCGAUUGAACGUGAGGUCUUUCAGAAUGCCUACAGCCACCUAACCUCCCGUGACCCAACCAAAAUAUGGACCAGCGGCCAAUGGAUGACCGAGCGAACUGGCGGCAGUGACGUAUCUCAGACAGAAACCGUAGCCACUUACGACCCCUUUCCUUCCUCAGCCCCAGUCCCCUUGGCAUCACAGUCCGAAUCCAUCCCCCUCGGCCCAUGGUCCAUCUCCGGCUUCAAGUGGUUCUCAUCAGCCACCGACUCCCACAUGACCAUUCUCCUCGCCAGAACCCAUCCCUCCAAGGGCGUAUCCGCCUUCUUCGCCCCCAUGCGCCGCGAUAACCCUUCCCUAGUCUCCCACACGGGCGAAAGCGGAAACGGCACCGAACUCAACGGUAUCACCAUCCAGCGUCUCAAGCACAAAUUCGGCACCCAAUCCCUCCCUACAGCAGAGCUCGAGCUCAAGGGUAUGCGAGGUUGGCUUAUUGGCGAGGAGGGCAAAGGAAUCCAGGAAAUCAGCACCAUCCUCAACAUCACCCGCGUGCACACUACCGUCUCUUCCAUGGGCUACCUUGGGCGUUCGCUCGGCAUCGCCCGGUCCUUUGCCCUUGUCCGCCCCGUCGGAAUGGGCAAAGGCAAGCGAAUUGCCUUGUCGUCGCACCCUUUGCAUAUGAGAACACUGGCCAACAUGACGACUGACUACCACGGUAUGAUGCUGCUGACGUUUUACACAAUCCACGCUCUCGGUCUGGAUGAGCGGUUUCUUCCCUCCAACCAAGCGGCGACAAAGGUCCCGACUCCACCUAAGGAGUUGGUCCAGCCUUUACUCAGGGUAUUGUCCAGUCUUCACAAGUCCUAUGUCUGCGAGACAACUGUCCCACUGGUGUACGGCUGCAUGGAAGCGCUGGGAGGGGUAGGAUACAUGCAGAAUGUCGAGUCUGAGCAUCUCAAUAUCUCUAGACUGUUCCGUGAUUGCUGCGUUGGUGCUAUUUGGGAGGGGACGACUGAUGUCUUGGCUAGUGAUACGCUUCGUGCUUUGAAGCACCCCCUGAGCGGGAAGCAGUCAGUUCAAGCUUUGGAUUGGCUGAUUCUGUCGUCGAAGAAUGCAGGGUUGGUGGAGGAAUGGCAAGUGUUGAAGAACAAGAUUGAUACGGGCAACCAGGAGGAACUGUUGCCUGAGGCUAGGGGGUUGGUGUUUAGGAUUGCGGAGAUUAUCAUCUCGGUGCUGUACUUGGUUGAUGCUGAGGCUGAUCUGGGGGUUGAGAUUGAGGCCAUGUGUGCUAGGUUUAUGGAGAAGAAGGGUUUCAGUGUUUAUGAGGCGCCGGGGAAGAGGGCAAGGGAAGGAGGAUUGAAGCUCGAUCAGGCGAUUGUUUAUGGCGCUGGGAAGGACCUUGCUCAGGGCGCGAAGCUCUAA